CCCACGAAAACAGACUUUCCCUGCAAUGUUUUAGCACCAUCCCCGAGUGUUCCAACUUCAGUACAUAAGUUAAGACCAGGUGAUAUCAAAGUGGUUGCCGCUUUGGGUGAUUCAAUUACUGCAGGAAAUGGUAUCACAGCUAAAACAAUAUUUGGGGUAUUAAGAGAAGAUAGAGGACUUUCAUAUAGUAUUGGUGGAGAUGAUACAUUUGAAGAAGCUAUAACAAUACCAAACAUCCUUAAGAAAUAUAAUCCUGGAAUCACUGGUUAUUCCAUCAAGUCUGGAAAGGUUUCCAGUAAAUAUUCAGCAUUUAAUGUCGCCGAGCCUGGAAAUGUUUUCAGUGAUUUAACAGAUGAAGCCAAUAAAUUGAUAGAAAGAUUGAAAGCUGAUAUCAAUAUUGAUAUUAAUAAUGACUGGAAAUUAAUAACUAUCUUGAUUGGUGAUAAUGAUUUAUGUGAUAUUUGUGAUGAAGAUGGUCAUGAAGCUGAAAGAUAUGUUGCUAUGCUAGAAAAGACGUUAGAUACAUUAAGAACUAAUCUACCAAGAACUAUAGUCAAUGUUGUUGAGGUAUUAAAUGUGGAUAUUGUAAGAAAGUUAAAUAAAGGAUUGAUAUGCACUGUGGUUCACUUCUUCUUAUGUAAAUGUGCGGCUUUCCCGAAGACUGAUAACGAUAAGGCAGAAUUAAGAAAUAUGACUCGAAGAUACCAAACUAUCGUACAUGAAUUAGCCACCUCAGGAAAAUAUGACACCACUGAAGAUUUUACAGUUGUUGAUCAACCCUUCUUCAGAGAUACUUAUGUUCCCAGAAAGCCUGGAACUAAUGAUGUGGAUCUUUCAUACUUCGCUCCAGAUUGUUUUCAUCUUAGUGAGAUGGGCCAUUCUAAUGCUGCCAUAGCUCUCUGGAAUAAUAUGUUCGAACGUGUUGGUCAGAAAGCAACUGAAUGGGUUCUUGGUGAAACCAUUAGCUGCCCGUCUGAGGACUCACCUUAUAUAUUUACAAACAAAAAUAGUCUUAUAUAA